AUGUCCACAGCACUAGCGAACGAGAGCCACACAGCAGACCUGCAAGAGGAUUGCAAGGGUGGCUCCGGCAGGAGGAGGUGGGGGCUGUUGGUCACCGCCGGUGUUGGUGGGACCUUGGUGGCACUCUAUGCUGUCGUCACCCCCUUCGUGACUCCGGCUCUGAGGAAAGUGUGCUUGCCCUUUGUUCCUGCAACUUCCACUCAGAUCCAGAAUGUGCUGAAAAUGCUAGAAAACAGAAGCGGCUCCCUAGUUGACGUUGGUAGCGGGGAUGGCCGUAUUGUGAUAGCAGCUGCAAAAAGGGGAUUCAAAGCUGUUGGUUAUGAAUUAAAUCCCUGGCUAGUCUGGUACUCCAGAUACCGUGCCUGGAGAGAUGGGGUACAUCAGAACACCAAAUUUUAUAUUUCAGACUUAUGGAAGGUUUCUUUUUCCCAUUAUACGAAUGUUGUUGUUUUUGGGGUACCUCAAAUGAUGCCACACUUGGAGAAGAAGCUGGAAAAAGAACUUGAAUGUAAUGCCAGAAUCAUUGCCUGUCGUUUUCCUUUCCCUUGCUGGAUCCCAGAUCAUACUACUGGAGAGGGAAUAGACACUGUGUGGGCCUAUGAUUUGAAACAUUCUAGAGGAUGUGAAACAAAAAACUUGGAAAUUACACCAGAGACAGAAUCCUAAACAUUU